AUGGCUCUUCUAGCGUUUUUGGUUUCCUGCCUGGUGAAGAAAAACCCCCAGGACACAGAGGAGGACCCCAAGUCGUUCAAGACUUUCAUGACUAAGUCGAAAGGAGCGAAGAAAAGAAAGAUGUCCGAUGCCGACAAGGAGGACGAAGAAGAUGUCCAACGACAGAUCAUGAUUCGAAAAUCCCUGGCCAGCCGCGCCUCAUCACGAACGACAACCCGAGUGAGCAAGGGGAAAGCGCCCCAGGAGGAGGAUGAGAAGAAUGACUCGGAGGAAGACUCGGAGGAGGACCGGCCUACCAACAAACGCAACCCGGACAGUCUAAAGACCGAUUGGAAGGCAUAUGAAGCCGAUCUUCAGCGCAACCGAUCCGUUUUGAUCCGCCGCCAUCCAGGUGUCGAUCGCUCAGGAGGAAGUUCCAGCAAGGCUCCGCUCUCCCCCAUAUCGGCUACGUCGCCUACAUCACCGACAUCACACAUGUCUCCCCCAUUUACUACGUCACCUCGCCCAAACCCGGCCCCUCGACAGCAUACUUUUCCAUCCAUCGCUCGAAAGCCUGUGCCGCGGACAGCAACAACCAUCCCAGAAUAUCCUGCAUCGCCAGGGGGAGAGUGA